AUGUCGAGUUCACCUCCAACUAAAGAUGAUACCAUGCCAAGAAACCCGCUUGAAGGCAUUCCCCGAGAACAGCUCAAGAUUGAUGCAAGACUCUUCGCCAUCGGCCUUGGUCUUCAAAACGAGAUCACCUACUUCGAAAAGGGGGCGUUGGCAGCACAGACCCCGAAAACCUACGAAGACAUACCGGAGCUGACUGAAGAUGACCGGGUCGUUCUGAGAAACGAAAUCGAGCAUCGUUGGAGGCACCCUAAAGCUCUCUACUUCACCAUUCUUAUGAACUCGGCGUUUGGGAUUGCGGACAAAGGCGAGGCCUGCAUAAUAGCUGGAACAUGUGCAAGAAACUGCUGGAUCAUUGGUGCCAUCAACAGCGCGCCGUACAUGGCUAUUUGCGUCAUCGCUUGUUGGCUGUCUGAUCCCGUCAGCAACUGGUUCGGAAGACGCGGUGCAAUCUUCCUGGGCGCCAUCUUCAGCAUCCUCGGCCCUGUUGGCCAAGCCCUUUGCCAGACUUGGCCACAGAUCUUGAUCUGCAGGAUUCUUCUCGGCAUGGGAAUGGGACUGAAUGAAGUCACUGUACCCGUGUUCUCGGCUGAAAACUCACCACCUAAUAUACGCGGAGCUCUUGUCAUGUCGUGGCAGCUCUUCAGCGCUUUUGGGAUCAUGCUUGGCUUCCUUGCAAAUCUCGCUGUGGUCGGGUUUGGGGACAUCGCCUGGAGACUCCAACUUGGUUCCGCCAUGAUCCCCGCGGUACCUUUACUCCUGGGAAUAUACUUCACACCUGAAUCCCCCCGAUGGCUAUUGAAGAGGCGCAAAUUUAUCCAAGCCUACGAGUCACUCUUGAGAUUACGUGGCAAUAAUCUACUCGCCGCUAGAGAUCUUUACUUCGUUAACGCUCAGCUUGAAAAAGAACAAGAGCUAGUAGAGGCUGACGGACUUGGUGACAGCAACUUCUUCACCAGAUGCGUGGAGUUGUUUACCAUCCCCAGAAUCCGUCGGGCGACACAAGCAUCAGGUAUCAUCAUGGCAGCUCAGCAGUUAUGUGGAGUCAAUCUCAUGUCAUUUUACUCCUCGACGCUGUUCGAGGAAGCAGGGGCAAGUAACACCGUUGCUCUUCUGGCCUCAUGGGGAUAUGGUAUGGCAAUGUUCCUAUUCGCGAUCCCAGCUUUGUGGACCAUUGAUCGCUGGGGCCGCAGAGCACUGCUGUUGGCCACCUUUCCAAACAUGUGUUGGGCCAUGCUAGCAGCAGGUAUGGCCUUCUGCAUUCCGCAGAGUAGUCCCGCACACCUCGGUGUUAUCUGCUUGUUCAUUUAUAUCUUUGCCGCAUUCUAUGGUCCGGGAGAGGGACCAGUGGCAUUUGUCUACUCGGCCGAGGUUUUCCCUUUGUCACAUCGUGAGGUUGGCAUGGCUUGGGCAGUCGCAACGAACAACUUCUGGGCCAUCGUCGUGGCACAAACGUCCCCGCCGCUUCUCCAGGCCAUCAAGCCCCAGGGAGUCUUCACACUUUAUUCCGUCUUUGGUGUUAUAUGCUUAAUCCUCAUUUUUCUGUUCCUUCCAGAGACGAAGCAGCGCUCUCUUGAAGAACUCGAUGACGUCUUCUCGAUUUCUACCAGGCGGCAUGCGUCUUAUCAACUGUUGGAGAUCUUGCCAUGGUGGUUUAAGCGCUACAUCAUACGCAAGGAAAACCAGCCUGAACCUACGUUGUAUCUUUUCGAAGUGGAGGAAAACGUUGAGUCAGGACCAAAAUCCUAG